AGGUCAUACAUUGUAUUUCCUUUUUACUCUCGGCUCUCACUCUCAGAGAACAUGACAACGUUGAGAGCGUUUAAUUGCGAUGAUCUGUUUAAAUUCAAUAACAUUAAUCUGGAUCCACUCACAGAAACCUAUGGGAUCCCAUUUUACCUUCAGUAUCUGGCUCACUGGCCUGAGUACUUCAUUGUGGCAGAAGCACCUGGAGGGGAACUAAUGGGUUAUAGUAAGUCCUUUUGUUUUUGUUGGCAUCACUUUUCUUGCAGUGAGAAAUUACUCCUUCAUUUAAAACCUUUCUGUAAUCCACCCCUCAUUUUCUCCUGUCUGAGGCUACAGGGGCACGUCACAGCUCUCUCCGUUGCCCCAGAGUUCAGGAGGCUCGGGCUGGCAGCCAAGCUAAUGGAGUUGCUGGAAGAGAUCUCCGAGAGGAAAGGAGGCUUCUUUGUGGACCUAUUUGUACGCGUUUCCAACCAGGUAGCUGUGAACAUGUAUAAGCAACUGGGUUAUAGCGUCUACAGGACAGUCAUAGAGUACUAUUCUGCCAGCAAUGGGGAGCCAGAUGAAGAUGCUUAUGAUAUGCGGAAAGCCUUGUCCAGAGACACAGAGAAGAAGUCAAUUAUUCCACUUCCUCAUCCUGUGAGACCUGAAGAUAUUGAAUAACUAUAGGCUGUGGUUCUUCAGCAGUUGAGUCCCCUUUACGAUUACAGUUGCUUUCUGCAAAUUAUGGUGAAGAGUUUUGAGCACGAACAGCACAAAACUGCCUUUAAAAUUGUUGGUUUUGCCAAUUUGGAAUCUAAAUCGUUCCUUUUGUCAGGAUAAUUUUCACGUUGCCUCAACACAAUUACCCGUAGUGCUAAUAAAAAUCAAUGCAAACUCCAAGCAUUGAACCCAUUUAAAUCUCUCUAGAUUUAAUUUUUAAAUAUCACACAAAGGUGUUUUUUCUAACUCUAGAUCCUCUUAAGAUAACCAGUGAUAAAGAUUAAAGGUUCGGCACCUUAGUCAUCCUUUCUUGACAUUUUUGGUCUUAAUGAUGAAGACCAUAUCUUUUGUGUGAGGCUUAUUUCUCAGUAAAAAACAUUAGAUCCCAAACUUGUUGAAAUGAAAAUAGUAUAGACUCAGGCAAAAGAUGUUUUUAGAGGCUUAAAGACGAGUCUAAUGAGUUCUCUAUAUUUGAAACAUGACUGCUUGAGAACCACAGCUUUUCUGUAAAAUAUUUUUUUUUAAUUUAAAGUUUGAAAUAUGCAUUUCCCUGUAGCAAUGUAAAUCAAGUAGAAUUAAACAGAUAUUAAAGUCAAGAUAAUAAAGGAUAUA